ACGGGGCACACUCGCUAAGAAUUUCGAGCCACACAUUCUCGCAUCUUGAAUUUUAUCACCAGCGAAACUAACACCCCUCCAAACCUUUCAACUACUCAACGUUCAUCCGCCAGACAAUUAACAGCCGCCCAAAAUGGCUGUGGGAAAGAACAAGAGAUUGUCCAAGGGCAAGAAGGGUCUCAAGAAGAAGACCGUGGACCCCUUCUCCCGCAAGGAUUGGUACCAGAUCAAGGCCCCCGCGCCUUUCAACGUUCGCGAUGUCGGCAAGACCCUGGUCAACAGAACCACUGGUCUCAAGAACGCCAACGACGCCUUGAAGGGCCGCAUUCUGGAGGUCUCUCUGGCUGAUCUCCAGAAGGAUGAGGACCACGCUUUCCGCAAGGUUAAGCUCCGUGUCGACGAGGUCCAGGGCAAGAACUGCCUGACCAACUUCCACGGCCUCGACUUCACCUCCGACAAGCUCCGCUCCCUCGUCCGCAAGUGGCAGACCCUCAUCGAGGCCAACGUCACCGUCAAGACCACCGACGACUACCUCCUCCGCCUCUUCGCCAUUGCUUUCACCAAGCGCCGCCCCAACCAGAUCAAGAAGACCACAUACGCUGCCUCUUCGCAAAUCCGUGCCAUCCGCCGUAAGAUGACUGAGAUCAUCCAGCGCGAGGCCUCUACCUGCACUCUCACCCAGCUGACCUCCAAGCUCAUCCCCGAGGUCAUCGGCCGUGAGAUUGAGAAGUCCACCCAGGGCAUCUACCCCCUGCAGAACGUCCACAUCCGCAAGGUCAAGCUCCUCAAGCAGCCCAAGUUCGACCUCGGCGCCCUGAUGGGUCUCCACGGCGAGUCUGGCACCGACGACCAGGGACAGAAGGUUGAGCGGGAGUUCAAGGAGCGCGUUCUUGAGGAGGUUUAAAGGAAUCAGGCCCUGCAUGAUGGAUGCUCCGGCAGAAGGGGACUCUGGCUCUACCGGCCGGGAAACAAAUCCGGCAUUGUUUUAGGUCGUUGCACAUGGCGUAGCAUAUAAGGCGGCUGCGGGUCUAGGGUACCUCAAAAUGGUAAAUGGUCAAUUCUUCAAAGACACUUUGCAAUGUGUACGCAGCCUGGCUGCGAGUUGUCUGGCACGGAUACGGGAAAUGCGAGGCUGCUUCCCUUGAUUGGGAUAUUCGCGCUCCAGCUCAAGGUCCUCCAGCUCAAGGUCCGCUGGUGGCCUGGCCAUCACGACUUUGCUCAUUUCCCCUGACUGGUGAAGAAAACGACCUGCGAGGGCCGCCUGACCAAUCCCUAAUACCACGGUGUACGA